UUAGUAUAUUACACAUACCUACGAAAUCAAGCGGUGAUCUAUCAGAAUUAGUCAUCGAAUUGCCGCUUGCAGUGACAAACAAUUACCAAUUAUUAUAUAUACCAGUGUACAGAUAAACAUUUCAGAGUAAUCCCUCAGGGCAUGUCCAAGCGAAAGGCCGAGGACACAGAACCAGCCAAGAUGGCAACAGCGGAAAAGGUUCCACAGAAUGAUUUUACAAUUGGUUUGGAGGAUCCUGUAAAGGAUUAUCAAAAGCUCAUAGAAACGCGCGUUCAGGUAGACGAAAUCGUGGACGAUGAUGUCACCAAGGAGAAUUUUGAUCGAACGGCUGCAGCGGCGCGUGAUGUCAUCUGGCGGCUCUUAUUCGACGGGUCGGAUACCACGCAAUCAAAUGUAGAGAAGGCCAACCAAUUACUGGAAGAAUAUCGCGGCGAUGCUUGCUUCUAUGACCCAAUGCCCUACAACGAAUGGAUUGUCAAACUAAGGGAUGAGGUCCUGAAGCGUGAACUCCUAGACUUUUGGCGCGAAAUUCUGGUGAAGAAGCAAUUGGGGCCUUGUUGGUCACGCGAUUGUGAUCUGUUCGAUAGCGAUGAUACGCCGCCGCUGGAGUUCUAUGCCCAUGCCGGUUGUACGGCUCCUUUUGCAGCUAGUCUCAAAGUGCGUGCCGUACUGGAGCAGGAAGAACCUGGUGUACCCACCACUCCCGGUGAACUAAGUGCCGAUGAUACCGCUGCCCUGACUGGAGAAUUCGAAGCCGUGCUGACAAAGGAAAAUCCUCUUGAGGAAUACCGCACGCUGAUGAAACGCUUUGUCCUUACCAAAAUCAUCGUUCCGGACAACGUGCACCAGGCCAGCAUAAAGAAGAUGGCGGCCGCCGCUAGGGGGAUAAUCUGGAAGCUACUCUUCGAUGGCACACCUUCGUCGGAGGAUCAGGACAAGGCCGCUGAGCUGCUGCGCGAAUACAAGGGCGAUGCUGGAUUCUAUGGGCCGCAUGACUUCAACGAAUGGAUUGUUAAGCUUAGGGAUGAGGUUCUUACGAGGGAGCUCCUUGACUUUUGGCGCGAGAAGAUAGUGAAGCUGGAACUGGGUCCAAGUUGUGCUCGGGAUUCCGAUUACUACGACAGUGACGAUCCCCUGCCGCUGGACUUCUAUGAUAAGGCCGGUUGCAAGGCUCCCUUUGCAGCAACUAUCGAAGAUUAAGUUCUAAAUCGCAGGCAGAGAGUGUUCAGACCUGAGAUUUAUUUCCUUACAUCCCUUUCGAGUGAAACGGGUUAUCUGAGAUAUCAGAUGAUAAACAAACGUAUACAAGGCCAAACUUUAAAACUAUGUUUUGUAAAACCUGAAUUUAUUUCUGUAGGUCUCAGAACAGACUAAAUUACUUGAUUAUAAAAGUACAUUUCUUUUCUACUAAACAAUUUUGCUGGUUGGAAUCUCUCGAAUAAAAAAUGUUAAAGCAUUUGUCAUAACUUGUAGUUUAACAUGUUAGAAUUGUUAAAAAUAUUGAAUAAAAAUAAAAGCAUUUGUUUUAAUGUUUCGGAAAUAAAGCAGUUCAUUUUAUUCAGGGACCUUUGGCUGCUUGUCGAGAUCAUCUACUUACAAAUUUGGCUAACAUACAUAAGUAGACUAAUUUUUGACCAUCAAUAUUAAGAAGAAUGAAAAUAGUAUUCUUAAAUACAUUUUCCCAUGGUAGGUUUAGUAAUUUUUUUUCUUCCCACUAAAAAUAAAAGACGAAUUCUUUGGUUGUUCCCUUUGGCAAUCUUAAUGUAUAUGAAAUCAAAUUAAAUACUGAGAUUCAAUAGAAUUGGAGUAAUUUUUUUGUGGGCUUGGACCGAUUUUGGUUACAAUUCUUUUAAAUAUUUAAAUGUAAAACCAAAAUAAAACAUUGUUGUAUUUCGAAAUAUUCAGUUUUACUGACUAGAAAU